AUGCUCUCGGGUCCUGGGACCAGGGGAGCGCUCCACGGAACCCAGGUCUCAGCUGAGCUGGACGAGGCAGGGACCAGGGGAGCGCUCCACGGAACCCGGGUCUCGGCUGAGCUGGACGAGGCGGGGACCAGGGGAGCGCUCCACGGAACCCGGGUCUCGGCUGAGCUGAACGAGGGCGGGACCAGGGGAGCACUCCACAGAACCCGGGUCUCAGCUGAGCUGGACGAGGCGGGGACCGGGAAGAGGCUGCAGCCUGUCCCCCAGGAGGAGAGUGCAGCCAGCCUCCUCCCCGCCACCGUCCUCCCCCCUCCUCCCAGCACCCCUCCACACCCCCCGCCCCAUUGGAGACCGACAAUCACUCACCUCCUGAUAACGGCACAAUCCCACAAUAGCUGA